UCUUCCGUUUUUCAACAGGAUUUGUUGAGCGAAAAGGAAAGGUGGAGAGAGAAAAACUGAAAUAACCCCUUUCUCUCUCAUCGGUUAUAUUGCGUUUUUUUUUUUGGUUGGUUUAGUUUUGGCGCACACACUUUGCAAGAAAACUACACCCAACAACCAUUGAUAGCCUCUCCUUGCAGCAUACUUCCCUAAUUUACUUUUUCUCCAUCUUCGAGCAAUUUGUCUCCCCUUUAAUUCAAGUUUUCGGGGUUUAUUUUUUGUGCUUUGAUCGAGGUCGAGAACAUGCCCAUUCUUGAUCCCGAUUUGCAUUCUGUUUCUCGGGAUUAUCAAAGUUGGUGUAGAAUUAAGGGAAAUAGGAGGUUUUGUUGUGGUUGUUCGAGUAAAGACGAUGUAUAUUGAGGAAUUGAAAGAGGGGGAUUCUGAGUGCGUUGAGCAGCAAGUUUGUGAUGAUCUUUGUAAAGGUGCUUUAGUCGUUUGGGACCCGAAAAGGCUCUUGGUCGGGGCCGGGGCUCGGGCUCUUUUCUAUCCCACAUUGCUGUAUAAUGUUCUCAGGAAUAAGAUUCAGUCCGAGUUCCGAUGGUGGGAUAGGGUUGAUGAGUAUGUUUUGCUAGGAGCUGUUCCAUUUCCAACUGACGUGCCACGCUUGAAAGCUCUUGGCGUAGGUGGGGUUGUUACUUUAAACGAACCAUAUGAGACUUUAGUUCCGAGUUCGCUAUAUCAUGAUCACGGCAUUGAGCACUUGUUGAUUCCCACAAGAGAUUACCUUUUUGCUCCAUCGCAAGGGGAUAUAUGCCAAGCUGUAGAAUUUAUCCAUGCCAAUGCACUUUGUGGCAAAACUACAUAUGUUCACUGUAAGGCCGGACGAGGACGCAGCACUACAAUUGUUCUCUGUUACCUUGUCAAACACAAGCAAAUGACACCAGGAGCUGCAUAUGAGUAUGUGAGAUCUAUCAGGCCAAGGGUCUUGUUGGCCUCCUCCCAGCGCCAGGCUGUUGAGGAUUAUUACUAUGAGUUGAAUAAGUACGCGGUUAAUUCGCGGAUGACAACUUUGAGCUUACCUGAGAGAGCUGAAGUGGAAGAGUUUGACGAUAACUCAUUGGUGUUGAUUACUGAAUCGGACCUUGAUGGAUACGAGGAGAACCUAGAAUCGGAGGAAGCAGGGGAGAACGAAGUAAACCUUGCUUACAGGGUGCAGUUUGUUAGUCAAGCGGCUAUAUCGAGGCUAUCGUGCCUGUGGGUUCGUUGCCAAACAGGGCAGAAAGUGUCGAGGAAGAGCUCGGUGAGGAGUAUGGGGGUGGACAUACAUGUUUAUUGAUGGGGAGUUGAGGGUGAGGGAAUAAAGACGGGGUUGCUUUUUUCUGAGUGGUUGAUGACUACAAUUGCCAAACAAGAGCUGCCGGAUUUGGUAAGUGUACAGUCACAGAGAUGGUGGUGGUGACGACCUUUUAUUUUGUCAUGUAAAGUGGAGUUGAGUUGAGUUGACUUACCUUUGCCUAUGUACAACACUCUGCUCUUCUAAUAUCAUCCCAAAUUACAAUAUUUCUUGAA